ACCUUGCUGCCAACAUUCACGUAUUCUCUACUGGUAUGCCCUACCAAACUAGAGAUAAACAUAUGUAGACGCAUUAUGCUUUGAGAACGGUUAAUGAACUUUCUUACAACAACACACCAACAAGUCACAACCUCUUGACUCUGACCAAAAGAACAACAACGAGUUAAGAAUAGCUGAACAUGCGAAAUAUGAAAGGCCUGAGGCGAUUGCCCAAGUCAGCAUUAAUUAGAUAAACUAACUCAACUAUUGAAACGCCUGAGCCGCCAGUACGUGUAACCAGAGGCAACAACAAGAAACAGGCACAAGUAUCAGGCUAUUAAAUCUUUUCAAACAUGUCUAACAGGGCGCCUGAUAUAAUAAUAUGCGGGUUCUUCGUUCUGACGUUACUUGUAAUCCAUUUCUUUUCCGAUAUACUGAGAACAGCUUUAGGUGGAAAUUAUGAUACACACAGGACUUUGUCACAACUGGUGGAUGCCCAAGCUAAGGAAUACUCAUGGAUUUUAAAACUACUUGUUAAUUGUUUUGGAUAUAGCUGCGUCUUUGUUCCUGGUUUUCUCAUUUACAAAUAUGUACAGCGCACAAAUUACUUGGAAAAAAGUGAUAAAACUUAUAUACAUGCUGCGGUUAGCAUGUGUAUCAAUGGAAAUACAGGUUUCGAUGGGGAACGCGACGAGCCGUUGCAAAAAGCGGGCGUGGAAUCGGUUGUGGCUGGACCAUCUCCACCCGCCCAAAAGUCUACUCCCCCAAAGCGAACUACAUCGCAAGAGGCUAUUUUACUGAUUUGGUGUUUUGGUGGUCUGAUGGUGUCCUAUUUAACCUGGGGUGUACUGCAGGAAAAAAUAAUGACCCAGGAAUACUACAAUUUCGAAGGAGUGAAAUCUCAUUUUAAGGAUUCGCAAUUUUUAGUAUUCUCUAAUCGAUUUUUAGCCUUUAUUGUCGCCUCCAUCGUUUUGCAAUAUAAACGACCAAUGACGCGACAUAGGGCUCCACUCUACAAGUACUCGUUUGCAUCGUUUUCGAAUAUUAUGAGUGCUUGGUUCCAAUAUGAGGCUUUAAAGUUCGUUAACUUCCCCACCCAAGUGUUGGCCAAGUCCUGUAAAAUAAUACCUGUGAUGUUGAUGGGCAAAAUACUGUCUAAAAAUAAGUACCAAUGUUACGAAUAUUUUACUGCAGUUCUUAUAUCGUUGGGUAUGGUGUUUUUCAUGAUGGGUUCUGCGAAUAGCGAUAAAUCGAAUGGUGUCACCACCAUGACGGGGAUUGUGCUGCUGGCAAUGUACAUGAUUUUUGAUAGUUUUACUGCCAAUUGGCAAGGUGACCUAUUUAAGGCAUACGCCAUGACUCCGCUGCAAAUGAUGUGUGGAGUGAAUUUAUUUUCGACAAUUUUUACAGCUGCUUCCUUAAGUGUACAAGGUGGUUUCAUGGACUCCCUUACAUUUGCCACGGAGCACCCAAAAUUUGUGUUUGAUAUUGUUGUGCUGUCAAUAAGUUCGGCAGUGGGCCAAUUGUUUAUUUUCUACACAAUAUCAGUCUUUGGACCAGUUGUGUUUACCAUAAUAAUGACGUUGCGACAGGCCACAGCUAUCUUACUUUCCUGCCUCAUUUAUCAUCACAGCAUCUCUGUUUUGGGAAUUCUGGGAGUUAUGGUUGUGUUCGUUGCCAUUUUCAUUCGUGUCUACUGCAACCAACGCUUGAAGCAAAUGCGUAAACGCGCUGAGGCACACAAGCCUAAAAUGGCUGUCUAGUAAAGAAAUAUUUACUAAUAGAAAAUAAGUUUUCUGUUUAUACAUAUUGAUUUCAACUUUUACAUAUGGAUCACUGUCGCUUCCCCUUUGUUACGAUGACGUAUUUACGAAUGAAAAGAAUAGAAUUUUAUUUAGACAUGUAUUGUUUAAGUCCUCUUUGCCACUGAAUCGCUCAAUUUAGGUGCUAAGAUGUUAAUACUUAAAUUAAUAUAUAAAUGUGCAUUAAAAAUUGUACAUAGUUUUAAUAUGUAUGUAGAUAUUUUUACAUGUAUCACUAGUUUUAGUAUGAGCCCCAAUCUACUCUAAUAUUGUUAAAAUAAACGAAUGCAAGCAAAUAAAUUUUUGUUUGCUGUUUUUCUCGAUUUCUUCAGGGAAGUUCAA